AUGCGAGACGCAAAUGUUAGUACGAUAUCGGGAAGUACUAAUUUAAUUAAAGGCUUCGGAAGAGCUAGUGUAUUGUUACCAUAA